AUGACUUCAUCCGCGUCUGCUCCUCACGUCUCAGCCACUCUUCCGUCUGUUGCUCUGUUUGCUUCUGCUCUUCGGUACACUGUUGACUUUGUGGUUGCUGAAGCUGCCUCUCCAGUUGCAUCUGCAAUACUGACUGUAUCUUCAUUAGAGAAGGAAGAGCGAGAGACAAGUAUGAAACGUGAAGCUUCUCUUGGGGUGGAUGAGAGUGGAGAUGCCUCCGGAGUGGUUUCUCAAUCACGCUUUGAUGGAUGCACCCGAGAUGUUAGAAAGGACGAUGAUGGGAGGCCCUGCAGAACUGGUACUGUAUGGACAGCUACUGCACAUAUAAUAACGGCAGUCAUAGGUUCUGGUGUCCUCUCAUUGGCUUGGGCUGUUGCGCAGCUUGGAUGGAUUGCCGGGCCGGCAACCCUUAUCGUCUUCUCCUUGAUUACAUUGUACACCUCCUAUCUCUUGGCAGAUUGUUACAGGUCUCCAGAUCCAGUCUUGGGGAAGAGAAAUUACACUUAUAUGGAAUCUGUGAGAAGCAAUUUAGGUGGAACAAUGCACUUGAUUUGUGGAAUUGUACAAUAUGUCUACCUUGUUGGCACUGCAAUCGGCUACACAAUCACUGGAUCAAUAAGCAUUGCGGCCAUAUACAAGUCCAAUUGUUUCCACAAAAGAGGUCACGACGCUCCGUGCUUGAUCUCCACUGAUCCGUUCUUGAUCACAUUCGGGAUCGUUCAGAUAAUUCUGUCCCAGAUUCCAAACUUUCACAAGCUGUCAUGGCUCUCGACACUUGCAGCAGUUAUGUCUUUUGGCUACGCAGCAAUUGGAAUUGCACUUAGCAUGGUGAAGGUCAUCUCAGGAAAAAUAGGGAAAUCCUCUCUGACGGGAGUGGAAAUUGGGGUGGAUGUAAGUGAAGCUCAGAAAGUAUGGAGGAUAUUCAAAGCACUUGGAGACAUAGCAUUUGCUUACGUAUACUCAGUCAUUCUGCUGGAGAUCCAAGACACGCUGAGAUCUACUCCAGCAGAGAACAAGGUGAUGAAGAAGGCUACCAUGAUAAGCGUGUCGAUAACAACUGUGUUUUACAUGCUGUGUGGUUGCAUGGGCUACGCUGCUUUCGGGAACGAUGCACCAGGGAAUAUGUUAACAGGCUUCGGAUUCUACGAGCCCUACUGGUUGAUUGACCUAGCAAAUAUGUUCAUCGUGGUGCACCUAGUGGGUGCAUUUCAGGUGUUUGGGCAGCCAUUUUUCGCGGCAGUUGAAGCAUGGGCCGGCAGGCGGUGGCCGAAUUCCAAGUUGAUAACUGGAGAGUACCAAGUAUCGAGGAAAUACAUGCGCUAUAGCAUGAAUAUGUUCCGGCUAAUCUGGAGGAGUUUAUUUGUGAUAGUGGUGACGGUGGUUGCCAUGUUGAUGCCCUUCUUCAAUGAGAUUGUUGGACUCCUAGGAGCCAUAGGGUACUGGCCGCUGUCUGUCUACUUCCCUGUGGAGAUGUACAUUUCUCAAAAGAAGAUUGCAAGAUUUACGUCCCUGUGGGUAGCGCUCCAGCUACUCAACCUUGGCUGCCUGCUUAUUACCCUGGCCGCAAUCUGUGGCUCCAUCCAAGGGAUUAUUGAGGACCUCCGUGUUUAUAAGCCCUUCAACUCCAAACAAUAG